CAUAAACUGUCAAAUAUUUGACAUUCCAAAUCAAAAUAUAAAAAACCAACACAAGUUUUUAUUAAAAUGCAGACAUUCCAACAUAUCACCUACUUUAAUUAUAUUUAAAAAAUUAUUAAAGAGCCAUAGUAAUAAUUGAAAAUAUGUUCUGUUUGAGGUUAUAGUUAAGGAGCUCCAAAGAGCCCCAAAAUGGUUGUGUUAAAUGGGGAAACGGGCAGAGAUUUCUGCAGCUGGCUUGUUCAUGUGAAGCUUUCCCGAAUAGUUGUGAUGGUCCUAGCAAUUUUAAUUCUCACUCCGUUAAUUACACAUUUUUAUCUAUCUAAAGUCGAAAGGAAUUCCUAUUACAUAGAACACAACGCACAUUCUCACGAAGAUCUACCAGAUGUAUAUAAUUUUAAAGAAUCCGAUCUUAGAGUAGGCGUCGAAGAGUUACUUAGAAUAAGGGGCUCUGUGCUCAGUGAAUUAAGGGAUAUUGAGAAAAAACGUCAACAAUACAAGUCUGAAAUACAAAAUUUUGCUAAAGAAAUUGACGAAUUGAAGCAGGAAUUAACGCACCAGCAGACCAAUUUAAAUAGGUUGAAGAUUUCGGUAGAGCAAGCACAAGUAGCGCAACAAGAGGCUCUGCAGCAAAAUACUCCAGAUUUGGCAUUACCGAAGAUACUCACCAUUAAUAAAUUGCCUCCUGUGAUGCCUGCUAUUCCACAAUAUGUAUCUAGAAGGUGUAGAAUGUACAGCUGCUUUGAUCAUUCCCGGUGUUCACUUACAUCAGGAUUCCCAGUCUAUCUCUACGAUCCAGAUCAGUUCCCUGUUAUGAAUGACGGCUGGGAUGUAGAUGGUUUUUUAAAAACAACACUCAAGCAGACAUUAGGCUACAAUCCGCAUUUAACCAAUGAUCCAAAGCAAGCUUGUAUAUUUCUAGUUUUGGUUGGUGAAGCUUUAAAAGAUACAGACGAUGUCAGUGAAAAUGUUGGUAAUCAUCUAAACCUCCCUGCCUUAGACUCAGAAGCUUUAAAGAGGCUUCCUUAUUGGGGCGGCGAUGGUAGGAACCAUAUUUUAUUGAAUUUAGCUAGACGGGAUCUCACAUCUGCCUCAGGAGAUAUGUUCUCUGAUAUUGAUACAGGGCGUGCCAUAUUAGUCCAAUCAACUUUUUCUUAUGACCUUUAUCGACCUGGCUUUGAUUUGAUUAUCUCACCCGUGUUAGGCCCACCAGGAGGCGAUGUCUGGCAAGAGUGCAGUCCAAUGUUGCCAGCGAGGAGACAUUAUUUACUGACUUUUCAGGGAGAAAUGAAAAAACCAAAAGUGGCAUCACCGAAUCCAAAAAACGACGAUUCUGAAGAUAAUAAUGUGCAACUUAACAGGUUUAUUUUGGAUCAUCUCAUUGGGCUUUUGAAAACAACCACCUCCGAUAAAUUCGUGUUUGAGUUUGAAUGCAAUCCAGCUAGUGAUAAUAACUUGAACUCUCUGGUCCAAGAUUGGGCUCUUUGUGGUACGGACAGCAGCAGACGGGCGAUUUUGAAAGAGUCUACUUUUGUAUUAAUUUUCGCUCCUGGUCGAGACGAUUUGAUGUCAACCACUCUCCUACAGGCCAGAGUGUAUGAAGCUCUAAGAUCAGGUGGCAUCCCAGUAAUCCUAGGUGGAGAUCAAAUAAAGCUGGCCUAUGACGAGGUUAUACAAUGGAGACGUGCCGCCAUAUUUCUGCCUCGUCCUCGCAUUACAGAACUUCAUUUCCUUUUGAGAGCCAUUCCAGAUGAGGAUGUUUUAUCUUUGAGAAGACAAGGUCGGCUUAUAUGGGAAAAAUAUCUGGCGUCCGUACAGAGUACAUUGGACACUAUAGUAGCUGUAUUGAGGGACAGGUUAAAUAUACCAGCCUCUCCUGCAGAAACUGUCAUGGCCAUGAGUGUUUUUAAUGAAACCUUUCAGCCAGUACAAGUGGCAGUCGCCAGUGAAGUGGAGCAAGAAGAGAGCCUAGGCCCACUAGAACCGCCGUUCGACAGUCCCGCUUUCCGUCGAAAUUACAGCCUAGCUUUAGUCCAAGGUACGGAAAUUUGGAACGAUUGGGGAGACCCAUUCCGUCUCUAUCCGACACUUCCUAUGGACCCGUUUCUUUCAUCUGAUGCCAAAUUUAUCGGUUCCGGUAGGGGCUUUAGGCCAAUCGGACAAGGUCAAGGGGGUUCCGGUAAAGAAUUUUCAGAAUCUUUAGGAGGAAAUUUCCCAAGGGAACAGUUUACUGUGCUACUCCUGACCUACGAGAGGGAACAAGUUUUGCUGGAUUCCAUAGCUCGGUUACGAGGGCUUCCUUAUUUAAAUUCUGUGGUUGUGGUCUGGAAUUCCCCUAGACCUCCGAGCCCGGAACUGCGAUGGCCUGACAUAGGCGCGCCCGUCCACGUUGUUAAGGCUGCUAGAAAUUCGCUAAAUAAUAGAUUCCUACCUUUAGAUAAUUUAAAGACUGAGGCCAUUUUGUCUGUUGACGACGAUGCGCAUUUGAGGCACGAUGAAAUUCUGUUCGGUUUCAGAGUUUGGCGAGAACAUAGAGACAGAAUAGUCGGUUUUCCUGGAAGGUAUCACGCUUGGGACCUGAAUACCAAAAACGGCUGGCUAUAUAAUUCCAAUUACAGCUGCGAACUCAGCAUGGUACUUACGGGGGCUGCUUUUAUUCACCGCCACUACCUUCAUCUGUAUUGGAAGUGGCUUCCACAAGCUAUUCGAGACAAAGUAGACGAGUAUAUGAAUUGCGAAGAUAUAGCGAUGAAUUUUUUGGUUAGCCACGUUACUAGAAAACCCCCGGUGAAAGUGACUUCGAGGUGGACUUUCAGAUGUCCUGGUUGUCCGCAGAGUCUUUCCGAGGACGAUACUCACUUCCAGGAGAGGCACAAAUGCAUUAAUUUCUUUACGCAGGUAUUUGGAUACACGCCGUUACUGAACACUCAAUACAGGGCAGAUUCAAUUCUAUUCAAAACUAGGAUACCUCACGACAAACAAAAAUGCUUUAAAUUUAUAUAAGGACUAAAACCAAAUAAUUGCCAAGUUUUAAUUGGUAUCUAGCUAGGCAGUAAGUUCAAUUUGUAUUAUAUUUUCAUUUAAUUUUACGAUGAUUUGUAAAUGAUUUUAAUUUUUUAAUUUAUUAUACAUUUUAACAAUGUAAUUUAUUGUGAUAUUAGAAUUUUUUACUGUUUUAAUGUGCCAUUUUUUUAAUAGAAGUAAAACUUGUAAAUAAAUAAAAAUCGUCUG